AGUGGUGUUCGUGGUCUUGUCAGUGGUGGCUCGUAGAUUGGUGAUACUAGCAACAAAUGGUAUUGGCGAUCAUACCAGGGGUGGCAGCAACAACAAGUGGAGUAUUAUCCAAGAGGGGCAGAUUUAAAGUUGAGUCAUGAUAGGAACACCUGCCGUGCGUUAGGCUCAACACCUGCCAUCACUAUUAAAAUCAGAGGGAAGAGCUGAGGCUGGUAUCAGAUACAGUGUUUCAUGAGGGCCACAAAAAAUGGACGGAAUGAUGCUAGUUCGUGGUGGAAGAAGUACCAGUGCUUCUUCCACCGAACGUACCCUCUUGCUGGGCGCCCUGGCUUCUUGCAUGGGCGUUCUGGACACCAGGGAGAACGACGCACAAACUAUUAUACGAAAAUCGGAACUGUGGAAUGAAAUAACUCGCCAUUUCAACGCAAAUGCAUCCACCCCACGGUCACGGCAGCAAAUCCAGACAUUAUACAAGAACAUGAAAGCGAAGGCACGGAGGUACGAGGUGAGGCUGUCAGAAGUGUCGUCAGGAGUGCCGCCACCAGAUCCUGACCCUAUAUCAGAAAUGCUCCUGGGUCUUCUGCACCAACAGAUGCAGCACCAGCGGCGCCACCUGGAGAAAAUGAUGACUACGGAUGUAACUACUUCCUUGGAAGAUGAUCCAUUCAAGUUUUCCCACCACCUUGACCCUAGUUUUGUUUAUCCUGAGCAGAUGAUGCAAAUGUCAAUGAAAGAAGGGCUGACAGUAGAAAUAGAUAUUAAGAAUGAGCCCCAAGAUGAAUUAGACACUCCUGAAAAGGUUUCUGAUGAGGUAACUUCAGAUUCAGACCAGUUCACAGACUCUGCCAACAAUGAUCACUCAAGUCUUCCAAGCAACACAACCCAGACAAGGCAAACAUCUGAAGUAACACUUAAUUCAGAGACUUUAAGCGAGACUAGUUCUAUGACUGCACAACCCAUGUUAUUCAAGUGUUCUCCACCUAAGACAAAUCAUUUCCAGGACCAAACAGUAUUCGCUCCUGAAUCAGGCACUGCACCCGGCCAACCUACAGUCAGCCAUUCGCACAACUCUCCUCACACAGUCGGUCCAAUAAAUGCAUCAUCUUCAUCAUUGGCAUCUGAUAACCAUACAUCCAAUGACGUAUUUCCAAUAGUAAAGAAGGCAAAAUUAGUUGGGAGAAAGAGAUUACCCGAGGGAAGAUAUGGAGAAGCAAGACCCCAAGUGAAACCCCUGUGUUGUUGUCCAGACUUGCAUGCUAAAAUCCUGUUAUUGGCCCAGGAGGAACACCGCCACAGGAUGAACAUACUGAAGCGUGACAGUGAGCUACAAGCCAAGGAGCAUAAUGCCAGGAUGAAAAUAUUGGCACUGGAAGAGGAAGUAGUUAAAGGAAAGCUACAAAUGCUGAAAGAGAGUGCAUCUGGCGGAGACUCCUUGCCUUGUCUGGUUCCUGAUGCAGAAGCUGAUAAGGGGCAGGAUGGGUGAAGAGAUUGGGAACUACACAGUGGUGGAAGCUUGGGAGGUGGGGGGGUGUCUUAAGGCUCCUGAGAAAAUUCCCUCGGUCCCUCAAAGCCCACCUAAAUAAAUAUACUACUGCUACUAGUAAUGUUCCUUCAAUACAAGUUUCCUAGCUUCCCCCUUCCAACCAGAUACCCACCCUUAAGUCCCCUAGUAUAGAAACUCUGGCACCAUACCUGACAGUGAUGAAAAUGCAUUUAGUAUAACAGUAUGCCAAAGUAUCAAAACAUUCAAGAUGCAAAAACCUAUUUAAAUUGUGUAUUGUUGAAAAUCUUUCAUAAACAAUAAAUAAAUUAUAUAAUUGUAUCAGUACAGCUAUUAACAUUUAUAGUCACUUUAAUUUACUACUAAACUGAAUUUAAUACAUGUGACUGAAUAAGCUUCUUUCGCUACAAAUACAUUUUGAAUUGUGUGGCAUUCAGUGAUUCAAGUUAAUUUUUCUCAAAGGCCAA